ACGUUUUUUCAAUGAACUAUCGAUAUUUCGGCAUCUCGAGACCAAUAAAUUUCCCAUAUUGUCGUUUGUAUUGAAUGAUGCAAAUUAAUUUAUAAAACACUAAUACAUUAUGAAAAACUUCUAUUUAAAAAAUAGUUUUAUUUUAAUCACUAUCUUGAAAGUUAAUAUGUUCAAAAUAUAGUAGACUUUUUUAUAAUUGUGUUAAUUUUGUUUUGACUAGCGGCUAUGGGAAAAGAGGCAAAAAAGGAAUUCAAUCUGAUCGUGAUUAAGAUCGGGUCGGGAGAUGUCGGAAUCUCUGCCAAAUUUCCAACUUUCUCUCUGACACAAAAAGACUAUAUUUAGCAAGUGACAAAAAAAACAAUAUAGCGAACAGCAUUUAACUGGGCCUUUUUAAAUUAGUGUCUAAAUUUUUUAUCACUCCAAAACUUUGGUGGGUGUGUGGUAAGUGCGCACAUCAGGAUUUAUUUAGAAUGUCUAGCAUUACCUUGCCCAUGUUAACUCAUGGAGGUGGGAAUGAAGGAAUUAUCGACAAUGCUAAUAAUGAGACGCGCACGGGAACUCUAACUCAUCUCAUAGAGCAGCAUUCUACCCAGAGAGGAAUUAUAACGCAUAAUGUUGAGCACGGCUUUAUGUCGAGUGGAGCAGAACAAUUACGCAUCAAGGUAGUCGAUUGCAGUCUUCACGGUUUCAUUUGUAUUCGAUGUUGCGGGAAGCUUCCUACUUGUUUAGUGCUGCGGAGUACUCCCGAAGAACAGGAACAACGCUACAAGUCCAAAGAAAUUGAUCGGUUCCUAGAGAAAGACAGGCAUACGUUUCGACGCCAAGUAAAGCUCUUGCUUUUAGGUGCUGAAUCGGGAAAGUCAACAUUUCUUAAACAAAUGCGUAUAAUACAUGGGAUUAACUUUGAUCCCGAUCUGCUGCGCGAAUACAAACAUGUGAUAUACCAAAAUAUUGUUAGAGGUAUGCAAGUGCUUUUGGAUGCUCGAAAAAAACUUAAUAUAUCGUGGGGCACUGAUGAUCAAGAACAGGAUGUUAAUUAUUCCAAACUAUUGGAAUGUAAUGCAAUAGAAGCCCUCAAGUUUUUGGAAUAUGCUCCACUUAUUCAACGUUUGUGGAAGGAUCGUGGCAUUCGAAGAGCUUUCGAAAGGCGUCGAGAAUUUCAAAUUAGCGAUUCAGUUAGCUAUUUUUUAGACGAUAUUGAACGGCUGUCGAAACCAGACUAUGUGCCAACACAUAAGGAUAUAUUGCAUUGUCGAAAAGCAACCAAAGGUGUAUACGAAUUUUGUGUAAAAAUACAGAACAUUCCAUUCGUAUUUGUUGACGUGGGAGGACAGAGAACACAGCGUCAAAAGUGGACUAAAUGCUUCGAUACUUCUGUGACAUCGAUCAUAUUUCUUGUGUCUAGUUCAGAGUUUGAUCAGGUUCUUGCGGAAGACAGAAGAACCAAUCGUUUGGAGGAAUCUAGAAAUAUAUUUGAUACAAUUGUCAACAACAACACAUUUAAAGGAAUUUCAAUAAUUCUUUUUUUGAACAAAACAGACUUACUCGAGGAAAAAGUACGUAACCCUGAGACUGACAUACGCUGGUAUUAUCCGCACUUUAAUGGAAAUCCACACUCACUUCUCGAUGUCCAAAAUUUUAUUCUGCAAAUGUUCAUGAGCGUACGUCGCACAUGUAGUUCCAGUACAAUUUACCAUCAUUUUACUACUGCCAUAGAUACCCAGAAUAUUCACAUAGUCUUUACGGUUAAAGAUACUAUUCUGCAACGUAAUUUAAAUGCUCUGAUGCUGCACUAGAAAUAAUGUAACUAUUUUUUGAAUUUCGCGUAUCCAUAUAUAUAACCAAAUUUGAUAUAUGUGUCCGAUUACUGUAUAUCGACUCGAGAAAUGCAAAGUGCUAGGUGUCAGAAUAUUCAAUUUUAUAAAUGGUUGUCCACUUUCAAUUGUUGUUACCUUUUUAUAACGUUUAAAAUAUUAAAAAAAAAUGUGUAUUACAUGAAUUUACAUCGUAUUAAUUUUUAACGGUACAUUUUUUUUAUUAGGUCAAAUGCCUUAUUCAAAUAAUAUUAUGAAGAAUGACAUUAUAUUGGAAUGUAAUAUAAGACACUUUAAAUAGAAAUCAAGACUAUUGGCUUUCUUCUAAUCUUAGAUUUGAAUUAUUCCUUUUUUUUAUUUUUAAAUCUGUGAUAUUUGUAAAGGGCUCCUUUUGCCGGAAUUAGAAUGAUAUUGUAACCUACAAAUUCAAAGAAUUUGAAAUCAUAUACUGUAAAGCAAUAGUUUUCUAAAGCUCUCUUAUAAUUACAACAAUGCACAAUGUCUGUAGUUAAAAAGCUUCGAACCCGUGCAGUCAUUUUAAAAAUUAUAAUAAAGCUUUUGGACAAUUGGAAGAGUUAAAGAAAAUAUAA